CAUACACACACAUUCAUACACGUCGCUGUGUGAGUGAAUAAUGUUCACAUUAAUCUGACCUCCCCAUGUGAUCUAGAAAUUGUCAUACAUAUGAACAUUGAGAGCGAAGACACUCUCAUUACCAGCUUAAUCGUGCAAGUUUAGACUUGGCACAUUUAGGACCCGCCUUCUAUUAGAAUGACCCAAUCAGCAGUAACCCAAUCAGUAUCAACGUGGUUCAUUCACAACUAAAAUGUUCCUGCACUGACACAGUGUUGAGGGGUAUGUCCCGUCGUGCAAGGAUGAAAUUAUUAUCUUGGUUUGUAUUUCUGUGGGCUUUAAGCGUAUCCGAUGGAAGAAAAUCAUGUUCACCUGGAAGCUAUUGGGACUUUGGACUGGACAAGUGUGAUCUAUGUUCAUCUAUAUGUGACUUCAAGGAACAACAAGGAACUGUCAAAGCGUGUCAGGAAAGUUGCCCUGAUUACAAAUCGAUGUCACCAGUUAAACCCAGUAAUCGACAACCCAUUGAUGGCGACUAUACAAACGUGAUUGUGACGCUGUGCGUGUGUGUCACUGUUGGGGCAGUCUGCAGUAUAGGUCUAGCCGGGUUUCUCCUUCGGCGGCGUCGUCAGCGAAACAUCGAUGCACCAUCUGAUGAGCCAACUCAACAACAGUCUCCCUCACCUCACUCAUCAGUAGCAUACGUGGCUUUACCUGUUCAUUCUCAGUGUGACGACACUGCAACAUCUAGCUUGUCUGCUGGUACUCCAUUAAGUGUGUCUGCAGACAGACGGGAAGAGGUACAGGAGAAUUUAAUGGGAUACCCCGACCUUCCAGACCUCAUGUUACCAAUGGGUGACGACAGCUCCCUUAGUUUACAUGACCUUUGAGCAGGAUGGGAUAAAUUUUAAUUCGUAACAAUAUCUGCGUCACAAUGUCAGUGAACACCAUUGUCUUAUUCAUAACAGAGGAUGAUGACGAAACAGAUUCAACAUUCCAAUAUUUUUUAUGUUGACAUAACAUGCUUUUUCCACCAUGUAGCAAAACAUUUCUGGUUAAUGUAUUUUGUAGGAACAGAAAUGUAUUUUGGGAAAAAAAACUACGGAAACAACUAUGAUAGAUCACAGAGUGUUAUAUAAGUGAGCAUGUAAAUUAGUAAAGACAUGUGUCAACAGAGGGAGAAAUUUAUUGUAUGUUUUGUUAACCGUUUACCUUUUUAACAUCAAGUGUGUGUUUAAUGACGUUUGAACGUAUGUGUAAAGUGUGCAGCAUCAUGAUGAAAGGUUUGGACGUGUGUAUGGCAGCUGACGUUACUUAAGAUCUGGAUGAAAUCUCUUUAUGUACCUGUUUCUAUUUGAAUAAUGUCUCUUGUUAUGAAGAUGUGUAUAUUAUAUUAAUGUUUAGUUCCAGUUCCAUGUUUAGUUGAUUUUCGUUCACUGAAGGUAUUUUAGACACAUCCUAAUUGUUUAUUUGUGUAUUGAUUGCGUUUGGUGUCAAAAUAUAAGUCUCAAAUAACUAAUGAUGGUGCUUACUUAUUCUGCAGCUGUUACAGAUAGUGGUAAACAAAUACUGCCAGAGGAUUUUAUAUUGAUACCAGUGUAACUACAUACUAUCUAUUCAACACCUUGUUAAAACUUUUUUUUGUACCGUUAAUCUGUUUUCUCGAUCGCCCUUUUCCCCAGAAACUUGUCUAGUGUUGUUGAUUGUACCUACUGUUACUGCAUGAGCACUGGAUCACAAACAAAUACACUUCCCAUGGCAAAAUGUUAUUACUGAGGAAGGGCAAUAUGAAUGAUACAUUUAAAAUUCUGUGCAAUGUUGAUAUAACAAAGUUCAUUAGUCAAACUGCAUUUUAUCAAUUUUAUUAUUGUACUGUUUACUAGGUGUAGUUAUUAUUUAUGAAAUGUUCAAAUCGUUACAAUUUUCAUUAUCAUAUGUACAUUUAAUCACUCGUUCCAUAAAAAAAUAUAAGAUGAAAAGUCAUGCUAUUUUGUUAUUUUUGCUUUGUACAUACAGUUGCCUAGCCGGUGACUUUGAUGAAGAAUGUUCUGUAAUGCCCCGUGAAUGUCAAUUAGACAAUAUGAGACAGAUAGUUCAAGAGGAAGUUGAGAGAAAUGACAUCAUUUAUAUCUUCCACUACCUUUACGUCGGUGUACGGUGUACAUAGGUAUUCUCGUUUACAUUACGUCAGAAUUGGGUCAUAUGUGAACCAUAAUCUCAUUUGAGAUUAUAUUUCACUCUGACAAGACGAUAAGCGAGAUCCGUGCUUUCAAUUCUUGAAAGUCUACAUCUUGAUGAUGGGUCUUGGAAGUGGUUGUUUUGUUAUUGUAUUAUUCAUUAGUGUUGGAGCAUAUGGUAUUUGUGGUAUUGGCUCCUAUUUUGACCCAGUAAUUAAUAGAUGUGAUUUGUGUAGUGAUAUAUGUGAUAACGUCGAUUUAACGGAUACCUAUGAGGACUGCCAACGUUAUUGUCCAGAUUAUGGUAAAGCGAAAGGGUGUUCAGAUGAGCAAUACUACGACCCGGUCGUGGGGAGAUGUGACUCGUGUGAGGAACUCUGCUAUGGAGACAAUAUUCAAGACACAACAGAGGAAUGUAAAGACAAGUGCCCCAACUAUAGCACUGGUGGACUUGGUCUUGGUUCAGGAAGGUCGAGGGUACUAAUGAUAGCAUUAGCAGUGCCACUUUCCCUCGUAGUCGUCGCGGUUGUCAUUAUGGGGCUACUUUGGGGGCUACACCGUCUGCCUUCAGGCUUACAAAGGUGCUUCCGGUAUCCAGGAAAGGGCUACACCAAACCACAACAAUGCAGUGAUGGAAGCGAUACUUCAGGAUCCAACUUCUCUUCGACAAGUGACGUUCAUCCACAAGUAGAUAAUGUAAUUGGAGUUGACAUUAAAGAACAAGAGGGGUUUCCUGAUUUACAUGCACAGGGUCGUCACAGCUCGAUGGAUGUUAGCAUCCUCUAGCCCACCCAGUGAAUCAUGUCACACACUAGGCCUCUGACAUACCAAGGUGACGAUCUGCACACCAGCACCGUGAAACAGGUUCGCCUUGCCCCGUAAUACCAGGUUGGGGUUGGGGCGUGUUGAAAUUGAAAUACGUGUGCACUGAGAAGCAGUGUUCCCCUGGAUCGGACUGAUGACCAGAUUUAAAGCAACAGAUUGGUUCACACUGCAGGCACAAUACUGAAGGCAAGACAUACACAUCGGCAUCAAGAAAUGAGCUUUUCCUGUCUUUCCAGGCUUAUAUAUGUGAUACUUCUUCUUAACAUAACAGGGCAUCACAUAUGAGGCAGAUGCUUCAAGCAUGCUGUAGCUGUUAUGUCUGGAUUGAACAAAAGAUAGAUUUAAAUGUCAUAUGACUACCAAGCAAUAUCUGUUGGAAGUUUAACUAUAUGGCUAUUAUCUCUUAACAAGCAAGUGACGCGCUUAAGCUUGUACUUACUCAAGAAAGUAAUAAAGUAACACUUGCUUUAUAAAGAUUCGAGCACCUGUGAACCCUUUCUUCAUUCAUAAUACAGCUUGCAAACUACCACCUAAAGAUGAACUACAAUGUGUUCUUCUUCUUGCGAGGGUGAACAUAGGAUAUGUCCAACUGAGGUCUCUUUGAGUCCAUUAUACGGAACUGAGUAAACCUUAUGUAAGAAUGUUUUUGAGAAUUCGAUCCAAGCUACAACUGUAUGUGCGUCAAUAAAGAAUUUGUCAUAGGACUUGUGACGCCAACCUUGAAAGUUAAGAAAGGGUUUCCAAACGCAAUUUAAUACUUAUCUGAAAUGUGUUCGACAAGUUUGUGUUGUUGCAGGUGUGACGGGUGCCACCGGUGGAGCAGGAUAGUUUUACGCUCGCCUUUUCGCGAACAUCUCGUAUCAUUACAAUUUGAUAGAGAUUCAUGAAUACAUGCUCAUGAUAUAGUCGGAAUCGUACUAUCGACUCUGCUUUAUGCAGAGAUUUCUAUUAAAUAUGGAAAGGGUUAUGACGCUUUAUUUAUUUGAUUGAUGGCACAUAUUGACGUGGUUGACAUAUACCCAAUGAAGAUGUAUUAAAAAUGUACAAAUUUGUAAAAUGUUGUGUGUGUGAAAUAAAAUAUUUUGUUCUGA